GGGGGGGGGGGGGACUGGGGGGGCUAUGGUGGUCUUUGUGGUGCAUUCGGCAGCUGGCGCAGGGCGGCUCACCCACACGGCGGGCGGCUCUUCCGCGACACCCCACGCUCCGGCAGCAUCCGCAGACAACCGGCAGCGGCCACCGCCUGCCCACGCCUCGAGCUCCCCACCGCCACGGUCCCCGCCAGCCCAUGAAGUGAUUCGGGUGGGUGGCACAGCCUCUGCUCCUGCCAUAGCCGCCGCCGCCGCACCGGGCACCGAGGUCUGCUGGCCAUGGGCAACCUGAUAAAGGUAUUGGGCAAAGAUUUAGAAAACUGUCCUCAUUUUUUCCUGGAUUUUGAAAGUUUCACAUGGGGAACCUUCUUAAAGUGUUGACUUAUAACGAACUUGACCAAGGCCCUAAUUUUUUCCUUGACUUUGAAAAUGCGCAGCCGACCGAGGCCGAGACGGCGGUGUGGAACCAGGUGAACGCCGUGCUGGAGGAGGCGCAGGCAAUCCUGGCCGAGCUGCAGUCGUACACGGGUGCCGGGCAGGAGAUCCGAGAGGCCAUCCAAAACCCCGGGGACCUGCGGCUGCAGGAGAGGGCCUGGAGCGCCGUCUGCCCCCUCGUCGCCAAGCUGAAGCGCUUCUAUGAGUUUUCCCUGCGGCUGGAGAACGCCCUGCGGAGCCUGCUGGAGGCCCUCACCAGCCCCCCGUACGCUCCGACCCAGCACCUCGAGCGGGAGCAAGCCUUGGCCAAGCAGUUUGCCGAGAUCCUCCACUUCACCCUCAGCUUCGAUGAGCUCAAGAUGACCAACCCUGCCAUCCAGAACGACUUCAGCUACUACAGAAGGACCAUCAGCCGAAAUCGCAUUAACAACCUGCAGCUGGACGCGGAGAGCGAGGUGAACAACGAGAUGGCCAACAGGAUGUCCCUCUUCUACGCCGAGGCCACCCCCAUGCUCAAAACACUCAGCAAUGCCACCACCAAGUUCGUUUCGGAGAACAAGACCCUUCCGAUCGAGGACACAACCGACUGCCUGAGCACCAUGGCGUGUGUCUGCAGGGUGAUGCUGGAGACCCCGGAGUACCGAAGCCGUUUCACCAACACCGAGACCCUCCUCUUCUGCAUGCGGGUGAUGGUCGGCGUCAUCAUCCUCUACGACCACGUCCACCCCGUGGGGGCCUUCGCGAAGACCUCCAAGAUCGACAUGAAAGGCUGCAUCAAAGUCUUGAAAGACCAACCCUCAACCAGCACUGAGGGGCUCCUGAAUGCUCUGAGGUACACCACCCGGCACCUCAAUGACGACACCACGUCCAAACAGAUCCGGGCCCUGCUGCAGUGAGCGCGGGGCAGCCGCCGGAGCCAGCCCCGACCCCGCACGCGUCACCGUGUCACCUACGCCCAUGACCAUACCGCUCAUUUUGUACAGAAGGAAAAGGGACAGUAAGAAAUACACCGAAAUACAAAAAAAAAAAAAAAAAAAAAAAUCAAAACGGCCCAAGGCCACCCCUCCAUGCACUCCUGACCCCUUCCCACCUCCACCCCCCCUCAAAUCAGCACCCAUUUACUGGACACAAGGUGCAGGUGGCACCACGGGGACACUGCGCCGGGGGUGCUGGGGCUAGGCAGGAUAGACCCGGGCAGGGAUGUGCCGAUGGGGCCGACGGCAGCGAGCGUCCGCGGCACGGGGGGCACCUUGGGGAGGGGGGAAAGGGGCAGGUGCCGCCCCCGUCCCCAUCCUCGUCCCCGAGCAUCCGGCUGUGGAGGAGGAGGAAUAAGCAUCCCUGCGGAUCUGCACUGACUUUGGUGGAAACGGCUCAGUCUCACCUGGUAGAUUUUUAAUAUGAGCAAUUAAAUCUCCACUCACCUCUUCUUUUCUACAUUUUUUUUUUUUUGGGGUGUGAAAUAAAACGACAUUUAAUCUG